CUCCCUCCAUGACCCUCCCUCCGGGUCCCUCCUCCCCGCCGCUCCCGCCCCUGGCUCUCAGCAGAGGAGCUGCGCUUUGACAGGUGACAGGCCAGCAACAGAUGCCAAGGUCUGCAUCCUUGGGUCACUCUGAAGAGAGAAGGAGCCCGAGAAGAGGACAGGGAAGAGGGGCGCGAGGAGGAUCCCACAGCUACGUCUCCCAAACCAUGCCAGGCUCCGCCACGGACGCGGGCAAGGUCCCCUUUUGCGAUGCCAAGGAGGAAAUCCGUGCGGGGCACAAGGGAUCGGCGGCGGGCGGAGGUAGCCAGGAGAAGCUGGGCGAUCGCGUGGAGCAACUGAGCAUCGUCUGGAGGAACGUGGUCCUGAUGAGCCUGCUGCACUUCGGGGCGGUGUACUCCUUGGUGCUCAUCCCCAAAGCCAAGCUGCUCACUCUGCUCUGGGCCUAUUUCUGCUUCCUCCUGACUGCUCUGGGUGUGACGGCUGGUGCCCAUCGGCUUUGGAGCCACAGGUCCUACAAGGCCACACUGCCCCUCAGGAUAUUUCUGGCAGCUGCCAACUCCAUGGCUUUUCAGAAUGAUAUCUUCGAGUGGGCCAGGGAUCACCGAGCCCACCACAAGUACUCAGAGACCGAUGCAGACCCCCACAAUGCCCGCCGAGGCUUUUUCUUCUCCCAUAUCGGAUGGCUGCUGGUGCGUAAGCAUCCCGAUGUCAUUGAGAAGGGCAAGAAGCUUGAUGUCACUGACCUGCUUGCUGACCCUGUGGUCCAGUUCCAGAGAAAGUACUAUAAGAUCAGCGUGGUGCUCAUGUGCUUUGUAGUCCCAGCACUGGUGCCCUGGUACCUCUGGGGAGAGAGUCUGUGGAAUUCCUACUUCUUGGCCUCCAUUCUCCGGUACACCAUCGCCCUCAAUGGCACCUGGCUGGUCAACAGCGCUGCCCACAUGUAUGGAAACCGGCCCUACGACAAGCACAUCAGCCCUCGGCAGAACCCACUUGUUGCUCUGGGUGCCAUUGGUGAAGGGUUCCACAAUUAUCAUCAUACCUUUCCCUUUGACUACUCUGCAAGUGAAUUUGGCUUAAAUUUCAACCCGACCACCUGGUUCAUUGACGUCAUGUGCUUGCUGGGGCUGGCCACCGACCGCAAACGGGCCACCAAGUCGAUGAUCAAGGCCCGCAAAGCCAAGACUGGAGAUGGCAGUGCCUGAAGGCCGAAUGCCAUCCAAAGCAUCAACUCGACAUUCAGCUAGCAGUGCUGUCAGUACAACCCUCUUGCUCACUGGACUGACUGCAGGACAGGGUAGAGGGUAGGGAGGGAAUGGAAUCUAUGAGGUUUGGGAUGUUUUGUUUGUCUUAAAUGGUGUCAACUAUAACUAUCAAUGAAAAAUAAUCAACAUUAGAACUAUGAUUUAGCGUUAGAAUGUGGACAUGAGAUGCAAUCACUGUAGCGGUAAUCAUCAAACGUGCAUUGUUCUGUGCUGGAACAUGCUAACCCUGACAGGCUGAAGAUGAAAUUCUCGUGGUGGGACUUAGGCAUUUCUUUUAUUUCAUACUCAUAAACAGAGCCUUGUUUUUAGACACGUCUGAAGGAGCAGAGAGGCAGGGUAGAAGACAAAAGA